AGGCAUUGUUAUAAACAAAGUUUUUGAACAUAUGUUUGGAGAUAUCAUGGAAAACUUCCAACCAAGCUUAAUGGUUGACUUGCAAUUCAUGAUUAAAAUAUUUUCAAAACAGGAUGACGCUUUUUGA